CCGCGGCCCGGCUCGGCAUGAGGCUGAGCCGGGCGGCCGUGCUGGCACAGGCCAAGGCGGCCGCGCUCGACGGCGUCCGCCGCCUCAACUGCUGGGGCAGCCACCUGACGGAUAUAUCCAUAUGCCGGGAUUUACCCAACAUCGAGGUGAUCACGUUCAGCGUGAACGGCAUCUCGGACCUCGAGCCACUGCACCAGUGCCAGAACCUGAGCGAGCUGUACCUGAGGAGGAACAACAUCAGGAGCCUUGAUGAGCUGUUCUACCUGAAGACGCUGCCGCGGCUGCGGGUGCUGUGGCUGGCGGAGAACCCCUGCUGCGGGCCCGACCCGCACCGCUACCGCAUGACUGUGCUGCGCAACCUGCCCAGCCUGCAGAAGCUCGACAACCAGGCUGUGACAGAGGAGGAGCUGUCGCAGGCCCUGGUGGAUGGCGUGGAGAUCACGGCGCCGCCGGCCCGCAGCCGCCUGGAGAACGGCUGGUCCAGCACCGCGUCCAGCACCGCCGGAUCCAGCACGGAGCCCGAGAGCCAGCUGCUCAGCUGCAGCCUGGAGGAGACCAACAAAACUCAGGAUGAGCUUGAUAUGAAGCCUGUUCCCAGGGAUAAAUACUCCUCCUUUUCCCCUCAAGAGACAGACUGCAGCUGCAAGAAGAGAAACAAUGUCCUGAAUGCCAUCCUGCUUCUCAUGAAGGAACUGGAUGCAGAGGGGCUGGAGAUCAUCCAGCAGACGGUGGUGAGGAGGCUCCAGGCCUUCCAGAAGAAGGAGCUGCAGGAGGAGUGACAGCACCCAUCCCCCUUCCAACCUCCCUGGAGCCCCAGCCCUGCGGCGCUGUCCUGCCCACAUCCCUGGCUGCAGCCAAAGCCUCCGGCAUGGGAUGGGGAUGGGAUGGCAUGGGAUGGGAUGGCAUGGGAUGGGAUGGGAUGGCAUGGGAUGGGAUGCUUCUUCUCUGGAGAUUUCCUGCUUGUGCAGCAGCCUCUGACACUGUCCCCUGUGUGGCUGGGGCUCUUGGAUGGGAGCUGCAGGCAAAUCAGGAAAGCAGAAGGGAACAGGGCUGCAGCCAGAGGUGCUGUGUGAUCCGAAGGAGAGCAGAGCCUGCUGAUGGCUGGGAGGGACUCCACCCCUCAGCCAGCCUGGGGGUGCACAACACCUCUGAGGGCAGUUUGUACUGCAGAGAUCUGGUUUGGUGGAGUCUGACAGGGAGACAUUGCCUGAGAUAGUCACCAAGACCUGUCUGGUGGAGGUGGUGAAGGUCAAUGUCCAGUUAUUAAUUUCUUUUCCAGCUCCUGGCUGAUUUCCUCAGGUCCUCCCUGGUGCAUGCAGCGCCUGCCGGUCAGGCAGCCCAAAGGAAAGCUCAGAGCAGCCUAGGUGAACCAGGAAUGACUCCCACAUCCUGAAUGCUCAGCUGUACUCUCACCCCAGCAUUCCCUGCAGGCAUUAGAGCAGCUUAAAGAAACAUCCCAGUUAAAAGGCCCUGGGCAUUCUGCCUGCUUUGCACAGGCAUCAGGGGUGGGUGUUGCUCUUUCACUGAUAAAACUGUAUUUACCAAGUUUUAUAGAGUUGUUAAGAACAAACUAAACUGUUGUGACAUACCAAAUAAACCCAAUUAUCCCUCAA